GAAGACUCCCCCUAAACUGACACGUGUCGAGCAUUAACAAAGCGUCAGUGUCACGGUCACCAUUCACUUUUCUUAAACAUCACAAUCACCUAAUUCAGCCCCUUCACGUGCCUCUCAUCUUUCUCUUUUUUUCUUUUUCCAAACUUGGCAACACAAUUUUUAAUUAUUUAAUUAAUAAAUAAUGGGGGCGAUGACGUCGUCGAUGGCGGCCAAGUUCGCCUUCUUCCCCCCCAAUCCGCCGUCGUACGGUGUCGGCUUGGAUGACGUCACGGGGAAGCUGAAGAUGACGGGGGUGGCCACCAGGGAAAACGUCGACGUAUUGAAGCUUUGCACGAGGCGAGGAAACAGCGUCGUGGCCAUGUACAUUAGAAACCCUUCGGCAUCGUUGACCAUGCUCUAUUCGCACGGCAACGCCGCCGAUCUGGGUCAGAUGUACGAGUUGUUCUCCGAACUCAGUCUCCACCUCCGAGUCAACCUCCUAUGUUAUGACUAUUCUGGGUAUGGCCAGUCUUCUGGGAAGCCUAGUGAGCAUAACACGUAUGCAGAUAUAGAAGCUGCUUAUAAAUGCCUGGUAGAAAUGUAUGGGGCGAAAGAGGAAGAUAUUAUUCUGUAUGGCCAAUCUGUCGGCAGUGGACCAACUACAGAUUUGGCUACUCGUUUACCAAACCUUAGGGCUGUCAUUCUCCACAGUCCCAUCUUAUCUGGUCUUCGAGUCAUGUAUCCUGUCAAGAGGACAUACUGGUUUGACAUUUAUAAGAACAUUGAUAAAAUUCCCUUGGUCAAUUGUCCAGUUCUGGUAAUUCAUGGAACAGAUGAUGAUGUAGUAGAUUACUCCCACGGGAAGCAACUUUGGGAACAUUGCAAACAAAAGUAUGAACCCCUAUGGAUUAAAGGAGGAAACCAUUGUAACCUGGAGCUUUACCCUCAAUACAUAAAGCACCUCAAGAAAUUUAUCACGGCUAUUGAGACGUCAUCGCUUCAAAAAACUGGAUCUGGACCUGUUCCUGAUCAACUGGACAGACCAAGGAGUAGCACAGAUUUUAGAGAGAAACCUAGACUCAGCAUGGAUCUAAGGGAGAAUUUGAGACGAAGUAUCGACUUCAAAGAAAAGCCUAGAACAAGCACAAACCAUAAAGAAACGUCAAGAGCUGGCCCAGAUAAGAAAGAUAAAUCAAGAAAGAGUGUAGAUCGCUCUGAGAAAGCAUACAUUGGAGCAGAAAUCCCUGAGAAAGCUAGAAAUAGCAUUGACCGUUUUGGGGACAUGGUGAGAUCAGUUGGAUUGUGCAAUAUUGAUUGUUUCAGGCCCAGGGCAACUCAUGCAUAAAGAUGAUGACACUGUCACAAAAGCUUACAUGUUGAGGUUUUAUUCUUAUUGAUUAUUUGAUUGGUCGUAUGGGUGAUAGGAAAAUGUUCAGUUGUGUGCUGUACGGUUUUUUUCCUAACUUAGUUGAUGAAAAAGUAAUUUAACAAGGUAAAUUAUGUGCCACUAAAUCUUCUUUUGGUUGAUAAUCUAUAACCUGCUUUUAACAUGCUA